AUGACAACCAUGCCGUUGCUCUUUCUAUAUCAUCCCGUAACGACGGCGGAGCUCAAUGCUAGGGAUCAGCGCUGGCGCCUAGCACGAGAAAGGGCUUAUGCGCGAGCUACUUUCGCAGACGACGCGACGUUGGUCGGCUCGAUGGCACGCUUCGCCGCCGCCCAACAUCGAUCUCGACGUUUUAGCCUUGCAGCUCUUGGCCAGUCACAAAAUCAAAGACGGACGUCCGGAAGCUUGCUGAGCUACGAGAGCGACUCAACUAGAGUGCAGCCGUUAUCUAGGCACGCCUCGAGAGUCUCCAGACCUCAAGUGGUUGCGGCUAUUCGAGCAUGGGAGCAAAAUGUCGACCACACUGCUUUGCCGUCACAUGUGGAAGAUGAACAAAUCGUAACGCAAUCCGACGCAGGUCUGGAUUUCGACGCCACCGUUACACCUUCUAGGGCCGCGGCAUUCGCAGCUGCGCUCGAGCGUUCCGCACAUCAGCGCUCUUCUGGCCCGCGCGCAUCGGCUGCUCGAUCUCAAUCAGCACAACGAGCGAGCGAAGCAUUGUACACCCACGACGUACGAGGUGACAGCGUCGGCAGUGCUCGUAGCAGCCUCAUCGAUACCCGUCAUCGGCGGGGCUUUCGUAGAGGCGUUCGAAGGGCCUGGAGACGAUGCGUCAACGCCGUGCAUGCUUGA